UUGAAUAAUUAUACACACGAUAUUGUGUUUUCUUAUUAUUUUUAUAACAGUUUUCUUAUAUAUUUCGUAUAUUUGUACGUGGAAAAAUCAUUUGAGAUGUAUUAUCAUGUGUUUCUUACAAGAUAACUCCUGGUAUUCGAUUAAAUUUAUUGGCGGUAACAAUUUUGUGAUUGUUAAUAAAAAUUGUUUUGAUGCUUAUAGGAACCUUAUAGGAGAUUAAAAAACCAUCGGCAUUUAUGUAAAAAUCUCUUGUUCUUAAAUUUCGAGGAUAAUUUUAACCUAUUCCGUUCGUGUAAAUAAGCGCCAACAUGAACGAGGUUCGUGACAAAGUUGUUGCCGGAUCUUCUACUUGGGAGAGCGGGACGAUGCAUAGCGACUCCUCGCCUGAGUUACAGUCCUCGCCAAGUAGCAGUGCUGGACCCGAAACUCCUCAAACACCUGGAGCUCCGGCGCCUCUAGCACCGCACCUCGCGGCAGAACUGCACCCUGAUCUUCUGCAACAGGGAUGGCGCAAGUACUGGUCGAAACGUGAAAACAGGCCUUAUUUUUGGAACAAGCUCUCUGGGGAAUCUAUGUGGGAGUUGCCAGCUGUCAAGCGUGAUUUUGAUCCUAUAACUGAUCCACUUGGAAUAUGCCACACAGGUCCACCUAAUGCUGGGAAUAUGACUCCUGGAGCAACUAAACGUCGACCAUCUGAAGAUAAUGGGCCUCCUCCUAAGAAGUUUGUGUUAGCCGGCCCGUGGGAUAUAGAAGUCCCUACUAAUGUUGUUAUUUAUGAACGACCUCCAUCUAUUUGUCCUCACCCACACCCUGAAAUUGAAGGAUUCAGAUUCACAUUAGCAAAUAAACUCAGGCAAUGCUAUCAGGAGCUCUGUCAUACAAGAGAAGGUAUAGAUGCUCCUAAGGAUUCUUUUAAUCGGUGGUUAAUGGAAAGAAAAGUGAAUGAUCAAGGUGGUUCAGACCCCCUUCUGCCUAGUCAUUGCUUUCCAGAAAUAUCCCGGUCAAUGUAUGAAGAAAUUAUGAAUGAUAUUCCUAUCAAAUUGACACAUCCAAAAUUUACUGGGGAUGCUAGAAAACAGCUGUCACGGUAUGCUGAAGCAGCAAAGAAAAUGAUUGAGUCAAGAAAUGCCUCCCCAGAAAGUCGUAAAGUGGUCAAGUGGAAUGCAGAGGAUACAUUCCAGUGGUUACGACGCACUGUUGGAGCUACUUAUGAUGAUUUUCAGGACAGACUGGCUCACUUGAGGAAACAAUGUCAACCACAUUUAGCAGAGACGGUGAAGGCCUCAGUAGAAGGAAUUUGUUUAAAAAUAUACCACUUAUCAGCAGAGUAUGCUAGGAAAAUAAGAGAAAAACAUAGUGCCCUGUUGAAAGAGAAUGGAAUACAGGAAUUGGUGGCACCACUACAACAAGCGGCGUUGCGCAAAGUGUGGUGCUACCCAGUGCAGUUCGCGACGCCCGCGCCCCGUUCGCCGCUUGUGGAGCAUUUCCUUGACCGCGACCAGGCGCUACUGCGAUACCUUGGCGAAACGCAGAUGCUUAACGCUUCAUAUCUACAGAAAUUGGAGUGCCUGUACAGAUACAGCUGCUUUGACGACAAGAAAUUCGAGCAGUUCCUAUCCCGCGUUUGGUGCUUACUACGACGCUACGCGGCGUGGGUUGGCGGCGGCGCUGGUGGGGAGGCACACGUCACGCAGAUGGCGCUGCCCGUACCAGUACUCGACUGCCUGCACCGCUGUUUCGGCGUCACCUUUGAGUGUUUCGCUAGCCCACUCGACUGCUACUUCCGACAAUACUGUUCUGCGUUCGCUGAUACAGAUUCCUACUUCGGGUCACGGGGACCAUUUUUGGAGCUGCGACCAGUGUCAGGCUCAAUGGUCGCACACCCGCCGCACUGUGAAGAGCUGCUGGAAGCGUCUCUGAGGCACAUGGAGCGGCUCUUGCAGGACUCGGCCGAGCCUCUCAGCUUCGUAGUCGUGCUGCCAGAGUGGCCCGACCGCCAGACUCAUGCCUUGCACAAGCUGCAAGCCAGUCAUUUCAAGAGAAAACAGGUCGUCAUACCGGCCUUCGAACAUGAGUAUCGACACGGAUUCCAGCACGUUGUUCCAAAGAACGAGGUGUACUUCCGGUGGGGCGGCGGCACGGUGGUGGUGUGGCUGCAAAAUGCGGCCGGGUUCGCUCGCUGGGGACCCACAGACGAACGUGUGGAGGCGCUGUUGGACGCGUGGCGGCCGCGGUCCAAGCUGCGAUCACCCGUGCCACCGGCGCAUUCAGACGCAGAGCUCCCGCCGCAGGCGCCGCCACUCACCCCACAGCCCCAGUCGCAUGCGCCGCUACAGCAGCAGCCGCCACAUCCGCCCGCGCCACAGCCACAGCCACAACCGCAGCCGCUCGCUUCCACCGCGCCACCCGACAAGCGCUAGAGCGUUUCCCGACUUUUAUAUAAGACGCGAAAUCAUUGUCUGCCGUUUGAUAGGCUCGGUGGCAGAACGAAUUUAAGGCUUAAUUUUCUGCGACUGUGUUGGAUUUUAGGAGAAAAUUUAAUUCCAGAGAUAAUCGUAAGAAAUGAUCAGUGUUAAAUUUUGGUAUACAUUUGUAUAAAACUAUGUUGCGGUCGAUAUAGGUGAACAAAUCGCCUAAAUAGCGAAAGGACUGUACGAUCAGGUAUCGUCACAUCAGGAUGUUCCGAGUUAAAAAAAUUAUAUAAUUAUUGUAAUACAGACUUCUCUACAGAGUUCUAGAACACACUAGAAGUACUUAUAGCACAUUAUGUAUUAUUACUUUGUGUAUGACCCACUUUUGAUCUUUUUUAUGGAACCUAAAAUUCUAUUGUGUAAUUCUCAGGCAGAAUAAGAGGCCUUUUCUCCUAAUCAAGCUUUGAAAUAAUUUCCAGUUUUUUAUAUAUAGACCACGAAGUACAUUGUAAGAACUAUGGAGUUAUGUGACGUGAUCGUUGUGAUUGUGAAUCUGGAUCGAAUAUAAAGUCUUGGAGGGAUCUCGGGUUAUUUUACCUUCCGUGUUAAUUAGAACUUGUACAUAGGUGUGCGUGAUAUAUAUGUACAUAAACUUAUGAAAAAUUGGUUUACUAUAAUUAAUUACUUAUUUUUUAAGAAUUACUUUUCUGUUGUAUAGAUCGAUAUUA